UGACUCUACAUCACAAAACUUUACCGUAAAACUAAACUUGCGUAAGUUGUUUUGUGUUGUUCUUUCAAGUGUUUCAUGAUAAAGAAAAUUUUUGCUAUACCUAGUAGUUAUCGUGCUAUUCUAACCUUGACGUUGGCAAAAUCAUAUCGUUUUGGCGAAUGAUGGCGUCAUAACACAAGGAUAUUUAUCAAAGACAACAAUUUCAAAUGUAAAAAUUUGUUACCUACAUCAAAAUGUAUAAUAUAAAAUCUGAUAAUGUUUCAUAUUUGGUACCUGUGGAAUGUAUAGACUUAGGUUACAUGAAGAGAAACAUACAUAUUGGUGACACCGUCAAGCCACUUUGGACUCCACAUCAAAAAGAGUACUGCCAGUUUCAGUUGAAAGCUUGGAGAAAAGAUACAGACAAAAAUCUUGAAAAGAAUGUUACUACUAUCUGUCACAUAUGUAACAUCGCAGUUCCGGUUAUUUACAUAAAAGAACACAAUAAUAGUAAAAAGCAUAAAAAUUUUCUGAAAAUAAUUUUUGAGUCACUCGACAGAGUUAAGAAAAAUAUUAAUGUAGAUAUCAUAUCACAAUAUUCUAAAUCAUCUGUAUCAACAUAUUACUGUGAAGUGUGCAGUGUGAUAAUUCAGAAAAAUGAUGAAGGUACACACAAAAACACAGGUAUACACCAGAAAAUGCAAAAGAACAAUGAUCUAAUCGAAAACUUUUUGACUUUGUAUGAAAAGGUCAAUGAUGCCAGUUCAAAUGAUGGUAAUAAUCAUAUUGAUCCCGAAAGUUUUGUAUAUAAAAAAGAGACACCUCUGGAAUUACUUCAAAAGUAUGUGGAUUCAUUAAAAAACAGAUAUAGUAAUGUGUGUAUGAAAAUUGAUGUGGUGGAUGAGAAUUUUGUUUCGAUAAAUGUUCAAGGUAGCACUUUGAGAGUGCAUAUUGACGAGUUUAAUGGUUUCUCAAGUUUGUAUGAUGUUGAGCCGGUGUGCCUUCUAUGCAAAGUUGUUAUUACAAAUAAAGAAAGCCAUAUGUGGACCGACAUGCAUAUGAAGCAUGUUAUGACACCAUUGCCAGAUCAACAUUGUAUCAGACAGAUAAACCAAACCCAAGGUCACUGUGUAAUUUGUAACGUGUUAAUUAAAAAUAUUGAAUCACAUAAGGUAAGUGAUUUGGUUCACAAAAGUAAAUUAAAAGAUGCACGUCUAAUUAACGAGACGGUAUGUCAGCACACUCGGACCUUAGUUAGGGACACAGAGAAAACUGUACCGAAAAUAAUAGAAUUCCACAAACAAAUAAACAAUGUUCACAACGAAAACACACAAGCAUCGGUUCUAAAGAGAAUAGAUAAUGUAGCAGAUCAUAAAAAGCUUAAUAAUUCGCCAAAUUCAAACGUAGACAACAAUGAGGAUGCACAGACAUUAGUUAAACAUACAGACAGAGCUGUGCCAAAACCAAAGCUUCAAGAUGCAAACACUCUAGAAUCAAAUGUAACGAAUAAAAAUGAUGAACACAUCGACAAAAACGUUCAUUAUUUGAUGUGUAAGACAUCAAGUCCGAAAGCUUUACAAUGUAUAGUAUGUGUUUGUUUUGUCCCAACACAAGCACACAAUGUCAGUGAUCAUUUACAAGGAAAAAAUCAUAAUAAGAAUUACGAACAAUGUUUGUCAAUGAAUAAAUUACGAAAGGUUAAAAAUGGAUUCGCUUGUGACUAUUGUGCAUUGCAUGUGCCGGAUAAAAGUGAGAUAAUACAUGUGUCCAGUCAAGUCCAUAAAACAAAUAUGAAGUCGGGUGUUAAAGAUGACAUGAUUUACUGUGAACUUUGUAGUGUCUACAUUGAUACUCAUAAUUUGAAUAGCCAUCGGUUUGGACAGAAACACAAGGAGAAGGAAAUAUCUGCCAAUGAAAGAAAAAAUGCUAAAGAAUCACCAUACUUAGCUUCUUAUGUAGAAGCUAAUAAAAAUUUUGCACAAGUUGCAGCUACAUCAAAAACUGUUCAGAACGCUCCAGGAAAUAAUGCUAAAAGCGUCGAUUCAAACGCUACAAUGACCACAGCAACACCAUCAAAUCCUGCGUCUAAUGUCCAAAUGACAUCUUCAAUAAAAAAUAUCAAAACUACGUCUCAAAUUAUGCCAUCAACCAAUAAUGCAUGCACACAUGCUGACACUACACAAUCAGUAUUAAAAACGAAACCUCACUACCAUCUUAAACAAAGCUCUUUGAACUCACUUCUAUGUAGAGUUUGCAACGUAAGUGUACCGAAUGCUGUUGACAAUAUAACAACUCACGUUAAUGGAAUUAAGCAUAAACAAUUAUACGAGGAACUUUUAAAGAAGAAUGAAGUGACUAGAGUGGAUCUUAAUUUUUAUUGCCGUAUAUGUGCCGCACAAAUACCGAAUAAAAAUGAGCUUUUACAUAUAUUUAGUAAUAGACAUGUCAAUAUGAAGGACACUAAUUAUAGUGUAGCUACUAAUCGCGGUACAGUUAAUGUGUCUUCAAUUAAUAAUGUUCAACCGUCAACGUCAGAAAAGUUUCAGACUAAUCCAGUUCAAGGUGAGUCUAUGAGUUACCAUUUUAAAAAGUCUCACAAUAUGAAUGAGUUGAUUUGUAGAGUGUGUGAUGUUACAAUCCUAAAUACACCAAUCAAUAUUACCGGUCAUGUUAACACGGAGAAACACGUAGAUGCCUACAAGAGAUUGUUGCGAAAUAAUUUUGUUUUUUUUUACUAUAAUGAAUUUUGUUGUCACGCAUGUGUCUUGCACAUUCCAUUACGGAAAGAGUUGAAUCAUAUAGAUGCACCGGAACAUUUAAAUAAAGUAAAAUCAUAUUCUGAAGAUGAAAUCACAAGAAUUGACCUGUCUGAUUGUAGUUCAGACGGAAUUAAUUUUUUUUGUGAAUUUUGCAAGUUAGUCGUUGACGACGAUGACAUAACAUUUGAAGAACACCAAAUAAGUGUUGAUCAUGUAGAAAAUAUUCGAGAGUUAUCCAAAGAUUCAUUAUAUUUACAGACCGAUUCGUAUACAAAGCCAAAAAGCACUUUAAAAUGUAGAUUAUGUGAUUGUUAUGUCAAUAAUAAUUAUUCAUGUGUGAAACAACAUAUACAGGGUUUUAUCCAUAUGACAAUGCAUAAGAAGUUGCUUGAUAACAAUAAAAUAUGUAUGGUAGGUGAUAAGUUGUACUGUUUAGCUUGUAAGGAUAUUAUAGAUAGCCAGCAAGUAUUUGCACAUAUAAAGUUGGCAAAUCACACAGGUAAUGUGUCGCUUAUGAAAUGAGGCAAAAAAUAGGUAUUUCGUAUAGCAAUGUUAUUGUUAUUUUUUAAAAUAAAUUAAUAAAAUUAAUUUAUUUCUGGCUCCAACCCAAAAAAAUCAAUCAAUCAAUGUCAAAUAUAAAUGUAAUAAACAUGUUAUUACAUUUAAAUUUGAGACAAUAACAACAAAUAUUAAAAAAAAGAAGAUAAAGAGAAAUCAUUUUAUUCAUAGCAUACAAAUAUACAUCACAGAAAAUUAACAAAAUUAUAAUAUUUCGAAUUAAUUAAAAGUUAAUUAAUUAAUAAUUGAUUGAUAAUUUACACACAGGUACAUAAAUUGAACGGUUUUUUUAAAUAUAUUUUUACAAAUAUCUUACGCCAAAAAUUAAGUCUACUGCAUAUUUCCAAAGCACAGGUGAAGAAGAAGCGACACAAAAAUCUUAACCGCAGCCUUUUCUUCAAAUACAUCACCUAAUUAACUCACUGCUGAAUAAUAAGUACCUAUAAAUUAUCCAUACAUUCGUUCUGUUUCUAUAUCGAAAUACCUAUUUUUCAAAAAUAUGUAACGGUUAUAAAAAUUUGGUACUAAUAAAAUCGACAGAGAAAUGUUAUUUUUGCUAUAUUAUUAUCAAAGCAUACAAAUGUAAAACAUAUAAGUAGUUGUAAGUCUUUUAUAAAAUAAUUUUGUAAUUUUUUAACUCAUAAAAUCGAAAAUAAAUUUAUAUAAGUACAUAAAUUAUUUUAAUAUUAUCGUCAUUAAAAAAAAAAUAAUUGCAAGCAUUCCAAUAUCGUAAUUUCAAGUUACCUACCGCCGAUGCCCGGAUAAACCCUGCGAGGCUUUUGUGGUGCGGUUUUAUCAUGUGUUGGAUAUUGUAGAAUAAAGAAUUUAAAUAAAAAAUAAAGUUUUGUUUUAGUUUUUUU